GAUUGGCUAUGCCAGUCGCCUGUGUGUCAAAUGUAGGUUGAGAGAGGUGGUUUAUAUAGGGGACUUGGAAGUCCCCAGCCUGUGAACUCAGUGCAGUUUUAAUGCUCAUUGCUUUCCUCAGCUGUUUGAAAGGCAGACACAGAGUUUGAGGGUAACUCCAAGAGCACACAUAAAAAUGGAGCUGAACUCUCUGUUAAUUCUUCUGGAAGCAGCUGAGUAUUUGGAAAGAAGAGACAGAGCAGAACAUGGCUAUGCAUCAGUGUUACCCUUCGAUAGUGACUAUUCCAGAAAGAAAACAAAGGCAGGCACGCUGGCCAGAAAAUCCCAGAAUAACAGGUCAUCACACAACGAACUAGAAAAACAUAGACGGGCUAAACUCCGGCUAUAUUUGGAGCAGCUAAAACAGCUUGUGCCUCUUGGGCCAGAUAGCACCAGACACACCACUCUAAGUCUGUUGAAAAGAGCCAAGAUGCAUAUCAAGAAAUUGGAAGAACAGGACCGAAAAGCUCUAAAUAUUAAAGAACAAUUACAGCGGGAGCACCGCUACCUCAAACGUAGAUUGGAACAGUUAUCCGUGCAGGGCAUGGAACGUAUCCGCACUGACAGUAUGGGAUCAACAAUAUCCACUGAUUCUGAACAAGAAGUAGACAUUGAAGGAAUGGAAUUUACACCAGGUGAAAUGGACAGUAUUGGAAGUGCCAGUGAUGUUGAAGACCACUACAGUUUGCAAAGCAGUUCAAGUGAUGGUGGCUAUACACAUUCCCGCAGACUUAAUGCCAGGCUCUCAUAGUGCCUGAGUUUCCAAUUCAGCUCAGGACCAUCUAACUGAAGCACUUACAGAAGAAAAUUCCAGAGGUGUCAACUGCCACUCUUCCGGGAAACCCCAACCACAGCACUCUGAAAUGGAGGUUUUGUACCCACGGUUCCCUGCACUGUAACCACAAUAUUCGAUAUUGCAAAUCAUGGUUUUGCUGCAGAGAACUGUGGUUAGGUACAGUUGUGACUUAAAGCUAGCUUGAUGUAGCCAUACUGCAAAUUUUAAAAAAAUCAUAUCAUUCCAUGCAAGAAGUAUUAAAUUCAACCUGUUGGAAGCAUAUGAUGGCAUAAGGAAGUUUAAUAAGAAAAUCAUUUUGAUUUUGCAGAAACCAUUUUCAAAUAUUGAAGAAUAAAUGGAAUCUAUGAUGUGUUAGUGAUUCAAAUCUAUAAAAAUUCAACUACUUUUUUUCUUGGUUUUUUUCCUUCAUGAAAAAUUAUUAAUGCUUUAUAGCAGGCUGUAGAGUAUAAAUUCUUCUACUAGUUGUGUUUGAGAGAGGCAGACAGAAAAAAAAUCUCCAAAUCUCAGAUGAUCUUUAGGAAAAAGAUCAUAUUAACAAGUCACUACUGUACUUCAAAAUGGGGAGGAAAAAAGCCAGCUCUAAUAAUGACUUCAUGUGGGAUGAUCUCAACUUUCUUUUGCUUUUUGCAUUCAGCAUCCAACCAGCAGCAGAUCAUUCUCACCAUGAUAACAGAGCUAGCACAAAGCAACACUGGAGUGUUAACCUAUUAUCAUGGAAGAGAUAUCUUUUAAAACAUUUCGGUAUUUUUUUUAAAGAAUACAGAGCUCAAAUGAUCCAGAUUUUGAUAAUUAAACCUCUCCUUACAAGGAAUGUUAGCUAAUGUUUCUUUUUUCCUAUUUAUAGCUGCCAAUACAUUUUUAUGGAAGGCAUGGCUUAUAAUUACAGUAUUCAGCUAGAGGAUAAUUAAUCAUUUUUUCUUCUUUUGCACGCUAUAAUUGCAUUUUCUAUUCUUAAAUAAAGUGCAAAAAAAUAAAGUGUAUGCUGUAAAACAGCAAAGUUUAUUUAGUACUCAUCAAGCUGUUCAGAACAUAUUUACCCAAAUUGUAGCAAUACUACGAAGAUGUAUUUUAAUACAACUUUGGCUUAGUGAAGUCAUUAGAGCUUGGCUUGCUGGGUAAGAAAAAUGGACCAGUCUUUGCAUUAUCUGUAUAAAGAAGGUCUUUUAAAAAAAAGAAAAAAAAAAGAAAAGAAAAAAAGCUAAAAACACUUCUAGAGAAGUGAUUUUAGCAAGUGUAGUCUAUAUUUCCUGUAAGAGAUUUUGUAUUAUAUUUUCCUAAAUGUUCUCAUUUACUUGUAUAGGGAGGGGAAUGGUACAGACCCAAACCAGAGUCUCAGGGACUCUUCACCCUUGUCAUAUUGUGCCUUGGUGACCAUUUAUGUAUGUCUCUCCUUUUUCAUUGUUUAAAGGCAACUAAGCUUUGUUUCUUUCAAGACCCUCUGUUUGAAUGGUCAGUUGUCCAUCUUAUUACAAAUGAAGCACUGAGAGUUAUAAAUCCUUUCACAUCCAAUCCGUGUGUCUUUUUAGUACAAUUAUAAAAUUAGGUUUGUUAGAGGGUUAACCAUUAAUUACAUUAUACUUCAUAGAGGCCCUCCCUUUGAUUCUUCAGCACACAGAUCUACAUUUUGUUAGCUUUUUGAACCAGGGUCUCUGUGAGACCAAUAUUAAAUGGCUAUGGAAACAAAUGUAUUGUAUAAUGCUAUAGGAUGUCUAACUGUGGUACCAUUUUAAUAUUCAAAUAUAAAAAACUCAUGACAUACUGACCAUAAUGAUCAAAACAAAGAUUCAGUUGUUCUUUCAACAUUAGACAUAUGUGCCCUCCCUUUGGCUUUUACAAGAGAGUAGAAAUAUGAAUACAUUUUGUGGCAGCUUACAAUCCUUGUUUGCACUCUUGCUUACUGCUUGGAACUUGCCAACAAGGAAAAUGUAUACUUUUAAUUUACAUAACCUAAUUUAUGGCCACCUGUACUUUGGCUUUGGGGAGGGGCCUAAGGUUAUAAACUCUGGCAGCUGAAUAAUAAAAAAACAACAAUUAACCUUUUCUGUGAUGCAGGUUUUGGUAUUAUGUUAUACACCUUUGCAUAUUACUAAAAUCCUCAUUGUUGGGGAAAACACACAGCAAUAUACUCAUUGUGUGUAGCUGACAAGCAGCAGAAAUUACUAGCUCCUUUGGUGCAUAUGUAACUAAUUUCCAAGUCUGGAAAAAUUAAGUGUUUACUUUAACACACGACUGUUAACAGGGGAAAAAAAAAGGCUAGUAUAUUGUUGCUGUUCAUUUAUUAUAUAAUGAACACAUUCAUGAAUUGUAAAGUGUUUCCUUUCGUGACAAGCAGCUCUUGCACAGAACCUCCUAAUAAAAAGAGAUUUGAAACUCA